AAUCCAAUGUGGAGGCCUUUUUUGAUGAUGUGGCUUAUUUUCUGCACACGUGGACGCCACGUGCACAGUAUGGGCCCACAUGUACAGUAGUCGCGAGGGGACUUUUCCUUAUGUUCUGCACACGUGGACGCCACGUGUGCAAUCUGGGUUUUUUGAAACCCAGAUCUGGGUUUUCUCAGGCUUGCUGAAUCGGCCUUAGUUUGCUCAUUGCUUCUUAUUUUCUUUGUUGAUUUGCUAGUUAUAAUCAAACAAAUCCAUCAAUUUUCUCUAAUUCCAAAUC